AUGGCAUCAUCGAGGAAAGCUAAACCAAAAAAGCGUCAACAGCGCGCAACAUCAAACAUCUUUGCUAUGUUUGAUCAAUCGCAAAUUCAAGAAUACAAAGAGGCAUUUAACAUAAUUGAUCAUGAUCGCGAUGGUUUUAUCGACGGCAACGAUUUGAAAGAUAUGUUUGCAUCCCUAGGUAAAGUAGUUACUGAUGCGGAAAUUGAUGCAAUGAUACGAGAAGCACCUGGCGAUAUUAAUUUUACGAUGUUUCUCACAUUAUUCGGUGAAAAAUUAACUGGUACAGAUCCAGAGGAUGUUAUUAAAAAUGCUUUUGCCUGUUUCGAUGAAGACGGCAAUGGUAAAAUUUCAGAAGAACGUUUACGUGAACUAUUGAUGACAAUUGGUGAUCGUUACACCGAAGAUGAAGUCGAUGAAUUAUUUAAAGAAGCCCCAAUUAAACAUGGUCUAUUCGAUUAUCAAGAAUUUGUUAAAAUACUAAAAUAUGGACGUAAAGAUCAAGAUUAG